GCUGUGUAGUUUUGGUGCCUGUCCUGGAUCUCUCUCUCUCUCUGUAGACCAGGCUGGCCUCGAACUCACAGAGAUCCACCUGGCUCUGCCUCCCCAGUGCUGGGAUUAAAGGCGUGCGCCGCCACUGCCCAGGAUUUUUGCCUCCAGGAUUUUUGCCGGCAUUCUAGAGGGAUCUUCAGGAGCUGAGCAUCGCUUCUCCACACCCCCGGCCAGCAGGGAGCAGUGUUGCCGGGAGCCGCGACGUGCUCGCCUUGUGGUGUUCAAUUUUUUUGAGUUCCCCCGAUGCACUUCCGGGACCCAAGGAACUUUGGUGCAGCCGGAUACAGCACGUUGAGACGGAGACGCAGGCGCGCAAGGCGGCAGGGGCUGCUUCCGGCCGUGUUGGUGGUCUGAAUUGAAGCGCCGCGGCUAGGGGAAAAUGGAAACAAUUCUGGAGCAGCAACGGCGCUAUCAUGAGGAGAAGGAACGGCUCAUGGAUGUCAUGGCCAAAGAGAUGCUCACUAAGAAGUCCACGCUACGGGACCAGAUCAAUUCCGAUCACCGCACUCGGGCCAUGCAAGAUAGGUACAUGGAGGUCAGUGGGAACCUGAGGGAUUUGUAUGAUGAUAAAGAUGGACUGCGAAAGGAGGAACUCAAUGCUAUUUCAGGACCCAAUGAGUUUGCUGAGUUCUAUAAUAGACUCAAGCAGAUAAAGGAAUUUCAUCGGAAACACCCAAAUGAGAUCUGUGUGCCAAUGUCAGUGGAAUUUGAGGAGCUCCUGAAGGCUCGAGAGAAUCCAAGCGAAGAGGCACAAAACUUGGUGGAGUUCACAGAUGAAGAGGGAUAUGGUCGCUACCUUGAUCUCCAUGACUGCUACCUUAAGUACAUUAACCUGAAGGCGUCUGAGAAGCUGGAUUAUAUCACAUACCUGUCCAUCUUUGACCAGUUAUUUGACAUUCCUAAAGAAAGAAAGAACGCAGAGUAUAAGAGAUACCUGGAAAUGCUGCUGGAGUACCUCCAGGAUUACACAGAUAGAGUGAAGCCCCUUCAGGAUCAGAAUGAGCUCUUUGGGAAGAUUCAGACUGACUUUGAGAAGAAGUGGGAUAAUGGUACCUUUCCUGGAUGGCCGAAAGAGACAAGCAGUGCCCUGACCCAUGCUGGAGCCCAUCUUGACCUCUCGGCAUUCUCCUCCUGGGAGGAGUUAGCAUCCCUGGGUCUGGACAGGUUGAAAUCUGCACUGUUAGCUUUAGGCCUGAAGUGUGGCGGGACCCUAGAAGAGCGAGCUCAGAGGCUAUUCAGCACCAAAGGAAAGUCCCUGGAGUCACUCGACACCUCUCUGUUUGCCAAAAAUCCCAAAUCCAAGGGUACAAAAAGAGACACUGAGAGGAACAAAGAUAUUGCUUUCCUGGAAGCCCAGAUCUAUGAAUAUGUGGAGAUUCUUGGGGAACAGCGACAGCUCACUCAUGAAAAUGUGCAGCGUAAGCAAGCCAGGACAGGAGAGGAGCGAGAGGAGGAGGAGGAAGAGCAGAUCAGCGAGAGCGAAAGCGAAGACGAAGAGAAUGAGAUCAUUUACAACCCCAAAAACCUGCCUCUGGGCUGGGACGGCAAACCCAUCCCCUACUGGCUGUACAAGCUCCAUGGUCUGAACAUCAACUACAACUGUGAGAUUUGUGGAAACUACACCUACCGAGGGCCAAAGGCCUUCCAGCGGCACUUCGCUGAAUGGCGUCAUGCUCAUGGCAUGAGGUGCUUGGGCAUCCCAAACACUGCCCACUUUGCAAAUGUGACACAGAUUGAAGAUGCCGUCUCCUUGUGGGCCAAGCUGAAACUGCAGAAGGCUUCAGAACGAUGGCAGCCCGACACCGAGGAAGAAUAUGAAGAUUCCAGUGGCAAUGUUGUGAACAAGAAGACAUACGAGGAUCUGAAAAGACAAGGACUGCUCUAGUGGUUGGCUGUGCCCAGUCUUCCCUGAGAUCUGCUUUUUCUAUUUUUCCCGACCAAAUGCUCUUAAAGACUUUUUGCUAUGUAGUCUUGAGUCUAGUGUGCAUCUUGUAGAAACAAGACAUGCUGACAGAUGGCAGACUUGAGAUGUGUUUAUCUUUGUUUAUAUUAAAAAGAUCUGGGAAAAGAAAACCA